UGGGAAACCAGGACAACAGAUAGAUAGAUAGAGGCCAAUGCAUUGCUUGCCUUCAUCGUGGAUGUAAUAAAGUUAACUUGCGGUAUUUUUCCAGCAGAGUGCAGCAACCAACCUACGGAUACCUCUGAAAAUACACGAGGAAGCGGAACUUCGUCAUUUCUUUUUAUUUCGCAUUUGUUUUGGUGAAGAGAAAAUAGUCAAAUUAGUUAGAAUAGAAAACAUCUAACUUCCGCCUUAUCACUUCAGAUUAAAAUGUUUAUGAGUAAAAUUUGAUUUGUUGAGAUGUAAUUUAAUUUGCAGCAAAUAAAUGAUAAUGCGUUUAAAUCAACUGAGCAAUUAAUUAAAUGUGUGCUUUUUUUAUUUACGGUGCACACGUACUGUUCUUUUGAAAAACAACUUUUCUAUUUUAUUUUGAAGGCUAAAUUUAUAUUCUUCCGGUCGCAUUUAAGCUAACUGUGUUUAGCUUAAUGCGCGGUGAUAAGGCGCUGCCAAGUCUGGCAUCAAAAUAUAAUUUGCCUAACGUAACCUAUGCAGCCAAAAUCCACUGCCAUGACACCUUAAAGGUUUGGAGGAAGACGCGGUUUCAUGCUCGGAGGGUGACCGGAGUCAGCCUGCUUUUCGCCGUUGAGCCGAGACGCUGCGCCCCGAAACACAAACGGCUGUGUGGACGCUGCUACAAUGAGCUCGGAGCACCAGAGCCCCAGCGAGGACGCCGACGAGUCGCAGGACAGGCCCGACGGCGGCAGCGUCUCCGACAAAGAGGAAGACCCUGACAUCGACGACUCGGAGGAGGAAGAUGACAUCGCUCGGGGGGUUCCUGCCUCGCAGCCCGGGAGCAUCGAAGAACGGCCGGAGCGCGACGCGAGGUCUCCGGCGUCGGAAGAGCGGGAGCCCUGUGGCAAUCCGUCCGCAGUGCCGCAGACAGGGAGCGGCGGGGGCUCGGACAGCGGCAGCGGCAGGGGGAACAGUCUGUUUUCUUGGCUGCAGAGCAGGACUAUAAGACGUGGGGUGUUUGUAGACCCAGCUAGGGACAACUUCAGGACAAUGACCAGUUUGUACUGCUCUAUGAAUCCGGCUGUGGAGUCUGUCAACCUGAGCACUCAGACCCACGGAGCGGUGUUCAACCUGGAGUACUCCCCGGACGGGUCUGUGUUGACCGUGGCCUGCGAGCAGACUGAAGUCCUGCUGUUUGAUCCCAUCUCAUCCAGACACAUCAAAACCCUGACAGAGGCCCAUGAGGACUGUGUCAACAACAUAAGGUUUUUGGACAAUCGUUUGUUUGCCACUUGCUCUGACGACACCACAAUUGCAUUAUGGGAUCUCCGUAAGCUGAAUUCAAAGGUUUGCUCCUUGCACGGCCACGCCAGCUGGGUGAAAAACAUCGAAUACGACACCAACACUCGUCUCCUCGUCACGUCUGGCUUCGACGGCAACGUCAUCACAUGGGACACUAACAGGUUUACAGAGGAUGGCUGCCCGCACAAAAAGUUCUUCCACACCCGCUACCUAAUGAGGAUGCGUCUGACACCCGACUGUUCCAAGAUGCUCAUCUCCACUUCCUCAGGGUACCUGCUCAUCCUCCACGACCUGGACCUAACUCAGUCCCUUGAGGUGGGCAGCUACCGCAUGCUGCGAGCACGACGGACUCCCCUCAGUUCAGAUGGAGGCACAUCAGCAUCCAGGUCAGCUGGAACUCCUCGCCAGGGAAAUGACUCUAGCAAGAUCCACCCUCACAGAGAAGGUCUUUCCCCCCGGAAUAGUCUGGAGGUUUUGACUCCAGAGAUCCCAGGAGAGAGGGACCGAGGGAACUGCAUCACCUCCCUGCAGCUCCAUCCGAAAGGCUGGGCCACACUCAUCCGCUGCUCCAGCAACAUGGACGACCAGGAGUGGACGUGUGUGUAUGAGUUCCAGGAGGGAGCGCCCACUCGCCCGCUCGUCUCCCCCCGCUGCUCCCUCCGCCUCACCCACUACAUUGAGGAGGCCAACGUGGGGCGGGGCUACAUCAAGGAGCUGUGCUUCAGCCCGGACGGACGGCUCAUCUGCUCGCCGUAUGGCUACGGAGUCCGCCUGCUGGCCUUCGAUGAGCGCUGCGGUGAGCUGGCCGACUGCCUGCCCGUCCAGACCAGCUGCCUCAGGGAGAUCCGCUCCAUCUACUCACACAGCGACGUGGUGCUCACCACCAAGUUCUCCCCAACACACUGCCAGCUGGCCUCAGGCUGCCUCAGUGGACGUGUGGCCCUUUACCAGCCCAAGUUUUAGCAUCCAGCGCUGUCAACGAACGGUGCACUGCAGACCUGGGUAGAGAAGUACUAAUCAGGAUUCCUGCAUAGACCUGGAAAGUCUGGAAAGAUAUUGCAUCAAAUAUUUUCCAGGUUUGAUCGCUUUGAUAGUUGCACAAAAAAUCUGUAAAAAUAUUGCACUGCCCCAAUAUAUUGUUUGUACAACUAAAUAUUUUCUAUGAUUUUAGACUCUUGUCAUCUAAUAUAUGCAGAUAUUUGUUGUUUAUCCACAGAGUGAUACAACCUCUUUAGUAUCAUUUCGUAUAAAUUAUAUCAAAAACAUCAGAGGAAAUUACAUUUUUUAAAAUUCUCAAAAUGUAGGAACCCUAAGUAACAUUUCCUAGCAUUUGUUUUAAAGUGCUCAGUGGACCAGAUUGGUGGGAUUAUUCAUGCAGAUAUUUAAAAUAGUGUGACACAUGGUCUAAAUGUCAGUAAUGUGGAGGCUUAAGUUAACUUUAAAAUACUUACUUGAAUAUUGUGAUUUCUCUGAACCGUCAGUCAGACUAUCUGUAAUGAAAACCCCACCAUCUGUCAUCUAGGGAUAAAGUAAAUCUGAAAUAACAAUAUUUUGAGCACUUCUAGACCCAGGUCUGCAGCUGUGAAGGAGACUGAGUUUGUUUGGGUGGGAGCUGUCUGCCGACGGCCACUGACCUGAAAAAGAAAAAACAAAAAAAAUAAAAGGAGAAGACUUCAGCUGUGGCCCCCGACCAGGCUGCAGCAGUUGAGGGAAACAUUCAGCCUGCCUGACCCUAAACACGAAAGAAAAAAGACUGAGGCAACAAAACAAGAAAGGGCAGAUGGGCUUUGCUAACUAGACUUCCAUCCAGACUGAGUAGAGGGUUUGAAGUCCAAACCUUUGAAGCUCCUGAUUAAUAAAUCAAGAGAUGUCAGUAAAAAAACAAACUCACAGGUCAUCUGUGGCUCUUUUUCAUACUAAAGAUUAAUUUUGGUCUCUAUAGCAGUAGAAAACUUUGACCUAUUUCGAGACUCGGCACAUCCACAUGUCGCCGUCUCUGGGACAAAAACACUAAAGAUGCAAACAGACAUUUUAAUCCAUUAAUUCUAAUGAGACAAAGAAGAAACAGGCGCUCGUGUCUGUCGUCUGCACUGUCGUUGAUCGUCUUGACUCGGCGUCCUCCGCCGCGGAUCGCGUCACUCUCAGCUGCUCCGCUCUGCUCAUGCCUUUUUUCUACAGGUGCUGCUUCUCUGCUCAUACAAUCUGAACUUUGACCCCCCCCCGACUUAAAGGACCUCAUCAUCAACGCCUUUCUCCUUUGCUCACAGACGGUGGCUUCUCCACUUCUUACCUACGUAUCUACCCCAUCUCCACUCUGUUUUCACCUUCAUAGUCUUUACAGAUUUUUAGUGGUUUUAAUGGUGUAUUCAUUUCAGCACUACUUAUAGCACAGCGUUUGAUUCAUUUGGUUCUACAGUCACAUUUGCCAUAGUUUACAUAGUUAGUCACAUUGGAAUCACUCCUCAUGUCUCCUCACAGUUGUAUGUUUUUAUCUUAAACCUGUUUGGACAAGAGAAAAGUCCAGCUGCUGUCUCUAUCUUAGUUUUCAAAGUGUCACACCCAGACGUUUUCCAGACCUACUUUCUCUACGAACCAGUAUUGCAAGAACACAGCUGUCAUGACUACAUAUCCUUUCUCUAAAAGAUAAGGCUGGCGUUAUUCUAUAUUUUUGAUUUUCAGAAUGUUUGAUCAUCCUUCAUGACUUUCUGACUUCCCUGUCCUGUCUGUCCAUUGUUUCCUCCUGAAGACACAGAUUCUUUAAAAACAGCUCACAAACAGACUCCGUAAUUUCCUAACACAGCUGGGCAUUGUAGUUUUUAGCAAACCUAACUCAAACAGGAGUAAAUCAUGAAGCAGAUUUAUACACAUUUGAUGCAUGAGUGAGUAUUUCAGCAGCAGGAUGGUGUGUGUUGGAUCAGGUCAGAACCAGUGCCCAUGUUCACAGUAGUGAAGGAAAUUGUUAGCCAAUGUAAAAGACUCACUGAUGUGUUUUUAAUAGUUUUUUUGACAAUAACAAUGGAGCUCUGUGGCAUCAGUAUUUGGCCACAUAGACACAAUACUUGUUAGAAGAAUCAGUUCAUUGUUGGUUUUGGUCUUUACAUGGGAUUUGUUCAUAAUGAGAAAAAUAUAGAAUUGCCAGCCUCAUCCUCAGUGGCUUGUUGACUUUUUUAGUCAGAAAGAAGAAUUUGCCUCAGCAUUGUUGGUUUAAUCUUUACAGGAUCAUUGCCAAGAAACAUUUGACUCAUUCUCUGACCUCGUACCUCAUUUUGUCAGUUUUUGAAGAGAGUGUUGAUUCAUAUCAGUAUUUUUAUUUUUGAUUCUUUUCCCCUCAUCUCAUCCAGUUUCUAACUUUUACAGGUUGCCAUCGGGCUUUUUUUUUUUUCAUUUCUCCUCUAAGUAGCGAACAGAUCGCUUUGACUGUUUUAACCGCUGUUGAUGCUUUGUGUUUGCCACCAGUGUAGUAUAGCUGCUGUAGGAGCCAAGCACACACGUGGAUGUUGACCCGUAAUGUAAACUGGUUACAGUACAUACUGACUGACUGCAGAAUACAUAAUAACGUGCUGUUGCAUAAACAAUAGAUAGAAAUAAGCGUAUACCACUAUGCAUACCAGCCUUUAUGAAGAUUCUCCUUUCUUAUUUAUGCGAUGGGUGAUUGCUCUGUGUGGAGCUGUCAGAUGCCAAAAUAUGUUUUGCGUGGACAAGGCAGCGCUUCUCCUCUGUAGUGAACUGUGAGCUGAGAACUAAAGGUGAAUGUGGAUUUUAAAAAACUCCUUACAUGUGGCAAAAGCUUAAACUUUGAAAGAGUUGUUUGACGUUUUGGGAAAUACGCUUAUUUGCUUUCCUGUGGAGAGUCAGGAGAGCAGAUUGAUACCGCUUGCCAUCUGAAGUUGUAGGCUGAUGUGACUGGUUUUUCCUGCUUGACAUGAAUGCAGCAUUAUAGACACUGAUACCUCCAUAAAGUGCAAAAGGUGUAUUUCCCAAAGUGAUUGAAAAAAAUUAAGUUAUUGGGAAAUUUAUUUAGAUUUGAGGUGAAAAGAUGAAGUAAACACAGAUGGGACUUAAUAGUUCCCCAGUCACACCACAUGGUCCUGUAUGUAAGAGGAAGGAUGCUUUUAACACUUUGUACCUCAGUUAACUGCUCAAAAUGUGUGUCGUCCGUCACAAAUGGAGUUCAUUUCACUUUCAGUUCAGCCAAUUCAGGGACUUUUUCUCAAGUUACAGGCAUUAAGAAAUACUCACAUAUGAUUUCAUUAACAGACAUUUGUUGUCAUUUUUUAAAAUUGACUGAGUUGAAGGUUAAAUGUCCAGCCAUGCUGUAUAUUCACUGCUGCUUUUAUUUCACUUAUAUUCACACAAGCUCUUCGGAGAGAAGUGUCUUAUCUGCCAUUUUCACUUCAGGUAUAGCAACUAAAAUAUCCGGGUUCAUUUUUAUGGAUUUGUUCUCUUCUUCUUUUUUUGUCUGUUGUCAGUCCUGUUCUGAUUUUUCUGUAUUUUGUUGUGAUUUAACUGAAUGUUCUCUGUAGUUCUGUCGUUGCCUGUGCACCGUCACCUCACAGCUGGGGGAGGGGGUGGACAAGAAACAAAAACAUGUUGAAUUGCUCGCACUGGUGUUUCCUACAUGGCUUUAGACAGCAAGUAAUCUGGAUAAUGAUACUAAAAAGGUACUUAUUAUCACUGAAAUAAAAGUUUAGCUUCUUUUGCACCCCUGA